AUGGCAGAUCCGCAAGAACAUGACAUGAACAUGGAGGACGGCUAUGAUGAAGAGGCUGACAGUGACUUUGAAGUCGAUGGCUCCGGUCCUGAAGGCUUGACCUCUUCUGAUGAGGACGAUGAGCGAGAUGCCGAUGAUGCGCCACGUCGACCCCGAAAACGGCAGAAAAGCGACAACCCGCAGGCGCAAGGAGACUUUAUCACAGAACUCGACUCGGGAGAUGAAGCCACCGUCCGCGAACAAAAGAAGGCGCGAAGGAAAGGCAAGAAAGAUGAGCAUGAAGUGCCAGAGCAGAGUGGAGAUGACUCUGAAGGAUGGCGGGCCCGCACCCGCGGUAUGCGAACGAGGGAAAAGGAAGAAAGAAGGAGGAACAAACUGGCCUCAAGCAAGGGGAGCACUAUCGAUGUAAACAGAAUAUGGGAAGAGAUGAAUCGGCCGGGUCCACUCCCUCCUCCCCGUGUGGAAGGUAGCGCUGUUGAUCAGACGGUCCAGCCGAACAGAACAGCAAUGCCUUCAGAUGCUGCUUCGGAGAGUAAGGAUACUGACAAGGAGAAUGUGCCUGUGGUCGAUGGUGAAGAGACCAUCAUGAUUAAGCGCACUUACAAGUUCGCAGGUGAGGUUCACGUUGAGGAAAAGAGAGUCCUCAAAUCAUCGGCAGAGGCCCGAUUGUGGCUGUCUCAGCAGGAUUCCUCAAAGGCUGGGAGCCCGGCAGGUGAUGGCAAGGUCAUGAAUCGACCUCUUCGCAAGAUCUCCCGCUUCGAUCCUAAUUUCCACAAUUCAGACGCCUUCAAGGGUGCUUGGACGUCCAGAACAGCACAAGAAGCCCAGUUCAAAGGUCCGAAACUCAACGUUGUUGAGAAAAGUAAGAUGGACUGGGCCGAACAUGUUGAUACUGAGGGCCUUCAGGAGGAGUUGGACACACAUGCCAAGGCAAAGGAGGGCUAUUUGACAAGAAUGGACUUCCUACAACAAGUUGCAGAGCGUCAGGAAGCCGAAGCGAGGGUGGCAAGAGUCAAGGGCCGUUAG